CCGCGGUCAGCCUCAGGACAGCGCCAAAAGAAGCGAUAUUUAGAGAGGGGGAGAGGUAGUCACACUGACAGCAUUAAAGGGCGGCGCGUCUGUGUGGAUAGGUCUCUAGUGUUUUCUUUCGGAUCAACACAAUCAGUCUCCGACAACCCCCGGAAGAGGCAUGACUUCGGAAGGAGAAGUUUCCCUGUCGAACGUCGGGGAGCUAAGGGUAGUCGACCUCAAAGAGGAGCUCAAGGGCAGGGGCUUGGCCACCGAUGGCAAGAAGGCGGUUUUGCUGGAGAGGUUGACGGAAGCGCUUGGAUCGCCUAUCACAGCGGCGGCAGAGGACGCCAGCCAGGUCGGAGCAGCCGUAAUGGAGGGCGAUCUAGCUGAGGAGGUGGGCGAGCCGACCGAGAACGGCGACGCCGACGGUGGGGCAGCGGGCGACUCGAGAGAGGGUGACCGGGACGCAGCCGCAAACGGCACUGGUGCUGCCGGUGCCGGCAGCAGCAGCAACGGCAACGGCGGCGCAGCCGUCGUCGCGGCAGAGGCUGCGACCGAGGCUACUGCGGAGGGUGCGACCGGGGGCAGCGGAAGCGGUGGCCGGGAGGCCAUGGACGUGCAGCCUCAGGAGGAGAAGGAAGAUGCUAAAAACGACACCGGAGAUCUCGCCGCCUUUGUGUCUAGCAUGGAGGACGGCGGGGGAGCAGCCGAGAGUGCCGUUGCUGCGGGUUCGGGAUCAACGCCAACAACGGAAGCAGACCCUCCCUUGUCGGCGGCCGCAGUGGAGGCAGCGGCGGCAGCGGCGGCAGCGGCAGCAGCCGUAGACGCCUUGAUCCCCACCGCUGCCGCAACAGCAGCUCCGAAAGACUCGCCGGAAGCGACAGGGGCACCAGCAGCUGAGGCACCGACGGUGGAAGCGGCUGAAUCAACCCCAGCUUCAACCCCCUCUGCUGCGACUGAAUCAACUACCUCAGCUGCUGGUGCCAAGAAGACUGCUUCGCAGUUUAGCUUCGUGCCGGCGGCCAUCGAGACCCCCACGGCUCGCGCGCCGCCCGCGUCGGAAGACACUUACGCCUACGAAGAGGAGCAGGAACGCCUCACUAUGCUGAAGAACCUGCACCAGCCCAUGCGGAAGUGGUUCAACAAGGAUGGCGGAGCCGCAAUGCGAGAACGUUACGGGAAUUUUCCCAUGUUCUGGCAGGACCUCGCGUCCUGGCCGGCGAUGCGGGAGCUCAAGAAGCUCUACCUCAUGGAAGUGGAGCGGGGGGAAAAGCCAGCGCCCGCCGCCGCACCCACAGCCGACGAUGCCGCCGCCUCCGAAGACACCGCUGCUGAUGCGGCUGCCACCCCCGCCGCCGCCAGUGCAACCGAUAGCGCCGCCGCUACCGCUGACGCGGCCGCUACCGGUGCCGGGGACGCCCCCUCCGCGGCGGCCAAUGGGGCUACGGAGGGUGCGGCGGCAACGACGGCGGAGGCGGGGGCCGCAGGGGAGGAGGGGAACAAGAAGAAGAGGAAGAAGAGGUGGGGUGAUGUCCGCAAGAACCGGUUCGCGAGCAAGAACGACGAUGAGGCGGAGAGCGCCCCUCCGCCCAAUAAGCGAAAAUCGAGGUGGAGUUCCGAUGGAGACGCGCAGGCCGUGUCUUUACCGGGGGCAGGGGUAUCGAAGAACAUUCCCGGCAUGCCCGUCAACCUGACCCAGGAGCAGAUCCAAGAGAAUCUGGUGUUGCACAUGAGGCUGCAGCAGGUGAACGAAAAGCUUGCUACAGUGGAACAGGACGCAAUCGCUCGAAGCGCGGACCCGGACAGAUCUCCGUCCCCUCCCCCCCGCUACGACGCGAACGGUGUUCGAACCAACAACCGCAACGUGCGCAUGAGAGCGAGCCUCAACAGGGAGCGAACCAAGGUGAUCGAGGAGAUGAUGAAGCUCAACCCCAUGUUCAAGCCUCCGGCAGACUUUGUGAAGACCAAGCCUCACCGGAAGCUGUAUAUCCCUACCGACGAGUACCCGGGCUACAACUUCAUCGGCAACAAUGGUCUCAUCAUCGGACCUCGCGGCAACACCCAGAAACGCAUGGAGCGAGAAACGGACUGCAAGAUCGCUAUCCGUGGCAAGGGAUCCGUCAAGGAAGGGGCUCGCCGCGGUCCAAUGGCCAUCGACGAGGAUGACGAGCUGCACGUCUACGUCUCGGGUGAAACCGAAGAAGCCGUCGAGAAGGCGGCGAAGGAGGUUGGGAAGCUUCUCCGACCCCUGGAUGAUGAGCAGAACGAGCACAAGCAGAAGCAGCUCCGGGAGCUCGCUCUCAUCAACGGCACUCUCAGGGAGGAAGACUACUGCAACAUCUGCGGAGAGAAGGGGCAUCGCCAAUUCGAGUGCCCCAAGCGCGCCCAGACUCGCUCGGCGACCGUCGAGGUGCGGUGCGCCCUCUGCGGAGACACCUCCCACCCUACCCGAGACUGCUUGCUCCACAAGUCCAAGGCCCAGGGGCAGCCGGGCCACGAAGCCUCCCUGGACAAGGAGUACAUGAGCUUCAUGGCGGAGCUGGGAGACGGGGAUGGCGCCGGUGGCGGUGGCGGGGCCACCGGCGCGGCGUCGGCUCCGCAGACCGGCCCUCGCCCCACUCCAACUUCUUCCGCCGCCGCCGGCGGUGGCGGUGGUGCCAGUGGCAAAGGCGGGUUUGUCAGUUCGGGUGGCCCGAAGGCAAACCACUAUGUUUGGACGCCGCCGACCGCCCCCGCGGCGGCGCCGGCCGCGACGCCCGCCUCCGGUUCGGGCGGCGGAGGCGGAGGCGGAGCGACGGCGCCGGCGCCGGCGCCGGCGGCGGGUAAGCCUCCACCCAUCGUCACACACCACACGUGGACACCGCCCACACCCAGGAAGCAGCCAACACACAGCAGCAGCAGCGGGGGAUAUCAGGCGGCGCCGCCGCCACAGCAGCAUCGGUCUCCGUUCUCCACGAAGCCCCCGGCUGGAGGCAGCGCUGGCGCUGCGGACGGCGCUCCGCUGCUUCCGCCCCCGCCGCAACCCCCCAUGGCGCCCCCGGUGCCGCCCAGCGGGAUGAUGCCCCCCCCGCCGCUGCCGCCGCUGCCGCCGCUGCCGCCGGUUCCGCCCACCCCUCCGUCAUCGGGUAGUUCGACCAAAAGCAGCAGCGGUGGGAUGCCAACACCCCCGAUGGCUCCCCCCUCCGCCACCUCCGCGGCAGCCCCCGGCACGGGCGCGUAUAGCUUUGUGCCCCCCCCGCUGCCGACGCCUGCUCCGACGCAAGGAAUGUACAGUCAGCAGCCCCCCCCACCCUUGCCCCCGGUCGUGGGCGGAUAUGGUGGCUAUCCGCCCGUCCCCCCGGUCCCGCCGGUGCCCCCGGUGACGCCGACGGCGCCGUGGUCGGGAGUGGCGCCGCCGCUGCCUCCUUCCUCGUCGGAUCCUGGUGGGUAUGUCCCCCCCCCCCUGCCCCCAAGCAUGCCCGGGGCGCCCCCUACGUGGCCCCCUAGCCUGCCCCCACCGGGAUUCCAGCCCCCACUUCCAGAGGCCGACGCUAAUGCCAGCAAGAGUAAUGAUGAUGGCCCACAUUUUGGAGAUGGCGGAGCCCCUCCGCUGCCGCCGCCCUUGCCGGGACAGCCGCCUCUCCCUCCGGCAUAAGGCGACACGGUGAUCGAUGACACCGCUGUUUCGGGCGACUAGUAGGUGCCGGUUGUUGGUCAGCAACGGCAGCAGUUCACGAUCAGAGGGCGUUCGUGGCCAUAAAUUUUGCCACGGGCCAUGUUGGUUAUGUCGUGCCCAACAACAGCUUGUCUGAGUGAAUCAACGGGUCCAUCCUCGAUGAGACACCCAUGUCCAAGGUGUAAGUCUUGUCCAACAGCCAGAAGUAGUCCGUUCUCGGCUGAGGUGGCGGUACAUACUGAGUGCGAUUCGGAGUGAAAUGAUGGGCCCAUCCUCGCCGAGGAGGUAAUGUCCGCGUUACCCAGUUUGUUCCAGCAGGCAAGAGCAGUUUUGCUCUGAAGUGAAUGGCGGUGGUCACGUACGUGUGUGGUGGAUGGUCGCUUGACCAUAUUUGCUCAGUUGUGGAAGAACACCCUUCCGUGCGAUCAAGUCCGGGUCUUGCCGUAGAGGCCAACGGCGAGAAAAUAUGUCACAGGUAGCGUCUUGGUGGGACAAGUUAUCGCCAAGCUGCAUAUGAAAAGUGCCUGCUACCGGUACGGUGCUGGUUCCACCUUCAUUGCAAGUGGUUACUUCAUGUCAUGCGAUCACGAGAGUGGGAAUGCGGAGAAGGUAGAGCAGGGCCUCGAAAGCAGAAGGCCAAACGAAAGAUUGUGGUUGGCCCGAAACCUGUAGUAUGGUUCAACAUGCGGUUAGAUAUUAAUGGUUCCCGGUAGUUGAAUUUAUAAUAGGUCUGAAUUGCAAGUACUAUUUCGUGCGCCGAUCGGCAUGGGGUGGAAAGAGAGACGUGCUAAUUCACUUGCACGCAAUAACGUAGCCUCUUUUGGACAGUUUUGGUUUGGUGGGUGUUUUACGUAGGUGACCGAUUGGUGUGUCCCUCAGGGGUUGGCAGUCGGCUGAGUAACGAUUGCCUGCCGUGAUUCCAUUUCAUUUCGAUUCUCGAGUGCUGUUGUUGUUGGGAGGCUUUGUUUUCCUUCAUCUACUUGUUGGCGGACCAAAGCCCAGCCAACCAAAGCUCAGCCGACCGAGCCCAGCAAUGGGCGAUACAUGCCCUCGGUGCACAGUAAACAAACUCGAAAGACUUGCCAGGACCGGUCAGAUUGAU